CCGGAAAGAGACCGGACGUGACUUUCUUCCUUGUGUGAGACGUUAGCAGCGACAAGUCGUCUUCUCGUCACCCGCUCGUCUGAUCUUUGUCAAAAAGAGCCGCCGCAAGACAUGCGCGCUUCUUCGACGACCAGAGGAGUCCACAGCAGGAUAGCAGCGUCGCUGCGCCCGCUAUCGUCCUCGUCGCCAUCCUCGUCAUGUCUUCGUCCGCCGCCGGCCUCAGCUGCUCCGGUCUGGCCCUCGGGGAGACGAGGCUUCCGCCCGGCUGUCUGCGCUCGAGAGCCGCUGCUCAGAGUGAAGCCCGAUCGGAUGCACGAUUCGCUCCACCACACCUGCCAGUGGGGUGCCACGGCUCCCUUCGGCGCUGGGCCACUCGAGACGGGCAUGCGCAGGCUCUCGCUCGACGACAACGACGCAAAGGCGAGGCAGUGGUUUGUCGACGAGACGAGAGCCUUGGGCUGCACAGAGCACAUCGUCGACGAGCUCGGUAACACGUUUGCAAUCAGACCCGGACGACACAGCGGCCCGCCUACCGCCAUGGGCAGUCACCUCGACACCCAGCCCGGGCCUGGUGGUCGGUAUGAUGGCAUCCUGGGUGUCCAUGCCGGCGUAGAGGCGCUCAGGGUCAUGAAGGAGAACAACGUCGAAACACACUACCCCGUAUGCGUCGUCAACUGGACAAACGAAGAGGGCGCUCGCUUCCCCUACUCGGUCAUGGCUUCCUCCGUCUGGGCUGGCCUGCUGGGCAAGGAAGAGGCGUGGGCGAUCAGAGAGGUGCCCAGCCUGGCGACAGAUCCCUCGUCGCCAAAGACGGUCAAGCAGGAGCUCAAACGGAUCGGCUGGCUGGGUCCGGCAAAGUGCGACUACAGAGAGGUGCCCCUGGGCGCCCAUUUUGAGUUGCACAUCGAGCAAGGCCCAGUGCUGGAGCGAGAGGGGAAAAAGAUUGGCGUCGUGCUUGGCGGCCAGGCCUACCGGUGGUUCACCCUCGAGAUUGGCGGGCAGGAGGCGCACACGGGUGCAACGCCCUAUGCGAAUCGUGCCGAUGCGCUGCAGGCAGCGGCACGGAUCAUUGUCAUGUCCAAGGCCAAGGCUGGCGAGCAUCAGGGUCUGUGUUCCACCGGCGUCCUCUCGCUGCAGCCAGGCUCGACCAACACGAUUCCGGGAAAAGUCGUCAUGUCGCUCGACAUCCGACACCAGGAUGAGGCAGUGGUGGGAGCAAUCGAGGAGGCGAUCCGCAACGAGGCAGAUGCCAUUGCCGAGAGCGAAGGAGGUUGUACUCUGUCGUGGAGGCUCGACUCGGACAGCAAGGCGCCCAAGUUCGACGCUGCAUGCAUCCAAGCCGUCAAGGACAGCGCCACCGAGGCCGUGGGCCGAGACAAGUGGAUGGAGCUGCGGAGCGGGGCCGGCCACGACACCUUUGCAGCGUCGACUCGCUGCCCCGCGACGAUGAUCUUUGUGCCAUCCAAGGGCGGCAUCUCUCACAACGAGAAGGAGUAUACCAGCAAAGAGGACUGCGCAAUAGGGGCUCAGGUCCUCUUGGGUGCUGUGCUUCGGUACGAUGCUCAUCGAGCGGGCGCUGGUUCUUUUAGCGGGUCUGGCAGACCAUCGACAAAGGGCAGUGCAAGGCAGAUGCACACUUGGGCCAGCAUCGGCAGACGAGCUUUCUCCACCUCGGCCGCGUCUCGACUCCAAGGAAGAGAAGGAACAGGCCAACAAGGACCGUCAGCCAACGGUGGUGACGCUGCUCCGCCAAAGCAGAAGGACACGCGACCGUUUGCAAAGAGGUACCCUCCCGUGCUGAAGCAGCCCGAAGCCAAAGUGUUUGAUCAGCCCGCUGUGGCCAAUCCGCUGGAGACGGCCGAAGCCCACAUCCGCUUUCGGAAGCAGUCGAAGAUCGGCCUCGGCAUUGCACUCGGCCUUGCUGUCGUCGGUGGCAUCGCAUACCUGAGCAUCGGCGUCGCGCAUGCCGAGGAGCUGCCGCUGGUUGGCCGCGAGGCUGAGCAGAGGAAGCUCCUGGAGGCGAAACCCUUCAACGUCAAGGGUCUCGAGCUGGCCCAUGAAGAGAUGGAGAAGCGCAUCAACGAGGCGCAAAAGGGCCAGGGCAACGGAAGCUAUGCUGUACUGGCAGUCAAGCGGUCGACAACUAUCGCAAAGGCCGUGGCGCUGUGCGUGUGGGACUAUCGCAAGACGCUUAACCAAAAGUACGCCGAUUCCAAAGAAGAGCAGGAGGCGUUGAGGCAGUGCCACCUCCGAUCCGCCCACCGUGUUCUCAAGGCGCUACAGGAAAAUGGCGGGCUGUACAUCAAGUUGGGCCAGCACAUUUCCAGUGUCAUCCUGCUUCCAGAAGAGUGGACCAACACGAUGAAGCCUCUGCAGGACCAGAACACGCCGACGCCACUGCCUGAGCUUGAAGCCAUGUUCCGGUCGGAGACGGGCUGGACGUUCGCAGAAGCGUUCAGCGAGAUUGACGCCAAGCCCAUCGGCGUGGCGAGCUUAGCGCAGGUGCACCGAGCCAUCGAUCGAAAGACGGGCCAGGCACUCGCUGUCAAGCUCAUGCAUCCAGAGGUGGAGCGAUUUAGCCACGUCGAUAUGCAGACGGUCAACGUGCUCGUCAAGUGGGUCAAGAAAGUGUUCCCACAAUUUGAAUUCACUUGGCUCGCCGAAGAGAUGAAUGACAACAUGCCGCUGGAGAUGGACUUCCGACACGAGGCGCAGAAUGCACAGAGGGCCGACAAGGACUUUGCCCACUACCGUAAGACCUCCGUCUACAUUCCCAAGGUGCCCUGGGUCUUCAAGCGAGCCAUGGCCAUGGAAUUCAUCGACGGGCGCCGGCCAGACGACCUGGCAUACCUUGCCGAGCACGACAUUGACCGCAACCGCGUGAGCCAGGAGUUGAGCCGUGUCUUUGCUCAGAUGCUCUAUCUGCACGGCUUCUUCCAUGCGGACCCGCACGGCGGCAACGUCUUGAUCCGACCAUCGAAGGACCACAAGGGCAGUCGGUCGCCUUACAACUUCGAAGUCGUCCUUCUCGACCACGGCCUCUACUUUGACAUUGACCAGGAGCUUCGGACAAACUAUGCGCGGUUCUGGCUGUCGCUCAUGUCGAGAUCGACGCCGAAAGUGUCGGCAGAGAGGCGCAAGUACGCCAAGCUGGUCGCCAACAUCGAUGAUGACCUCUACCCGAUCCUCGAGAGCGCUAUUACUGGAAGGUCCGGCCUCGAGGGAAGCGACCCAGCGAACCCGAAUGGCGUGCAGGGAAAAGCGAGGGCGAGCAGCAUCCUCGACAUGGAGACGGGCUCGGAGAUGUCAGACGAUGAGCAAAAUCACAUUCGAAAGACGGUCAUGGAGAAGGAGGGUCUCUUUCUCUCGAUUCUCGACCUGCUGAGGCGGGUUCCGAGACGCAUGUUGAUGGUGCUCAAGCUCAACGAUCUUUCGAGAUCGCUCGAUGCCAGUCUGCACACCACCCACGGCCCUACGCGGCCAUUCAUCAUCCUCGCUCGAUACUGCGCCUUGGCCGUGUGGAACGACGACCAACAGCGCCUGUCUCGACGAUGGAAGGAUGCGAGAUGGACCGAGACAUUCAGCGUCCUGGGCGACUAUGUUGCCUCUUUCUACCGCUACCUCUGGUUCUACCGCGGCCUUUCCUUCUUUGAGGCGGUCAGUGACGUACGGGCGCGUGCUCGAAAGAUCUUUAGCUUUAGCCGCGCCUUUGCGGGUGCAAUGAGCCUCGCCGAGGCGAGGAGGGCAAGCUCAGGUCUUGGUGAGCAGGCGGUGAGGAAGAUGAAAGAAGACGAGGACCAGAGGAGGGCUCGAGAGGAAGUGGAGCGAGAUGAGCAGGAGUGAUUGAUCCCCCUUUAAUGCGCCAUGGCACAAACAUACACACCCACUCUUGCCCGCUAAUCUUCAUCACUCAAAUGAUACAAUAUAGAUUUCCCACAGAGGAU